CCGUGGCUCAGUGUUAAUCUAUAACAACCGCACGCACGGUUAUAUAGAAGGCAGUGUGGUACGGUCAUAGUCGCACUACAAUCGUAAAUUCUCACAUUUUCAACUCCGAUUUAAAGGGAAAUAAAAAAAUCAUUUUUUAAAUCAUUUUCGCGGUUGUUUUCGUUUCCAAAAUUACAUUAUUUUAACACUAUCAAGAUGAGAUCAGAAAAGAAUAACGUGGAUUCUUCUUGCAGAGUUCCUGGAUUAAGUAUUGUAAUUGAUGAUUUCGAUUCAGCAAAAGAAUCAUCAAACAACGUUAAUAAUAGUAAAGAUGGUCAAAUGGCUGAGAUUUCUCUUUACCAACCGCAGCAAAGGCCCUACAGCAGGCAAUCGUCAGAUGCUUCAAUAAAAAAAAUACUGGAAGAAGCUGAACACAGGAAAAAUGAAUUUUGGAAAUUGAUUGACGAACAUAGGGAAGUCGUGGAAAAUUUGAAAAAGAUAGAGCAAGAACACCAUACAAAUGUAUAUAAAUUGACGCCAACACCGAUUACGUCGUAAUAGAUAAAUAUUAAAAAAAUUAUAAAUAAGAAUACUCAAGAUAAAAACAAAAUUAAUACACAAAAAACGAGGUCAACAUACUUCAGUUAGUCAUUGUGUGAUUGUGCCUUCACCGGAAAAAAUGAUUAUUAUUAUUACUUGAAGAUCAUAUAAACUUGCAUUUGUGAUAUAUUUAUUAUGACUACGACGAUUUUAUUUCAUUUUGAAACAGAAAAAUAAAAUCAUAAUUGCCUAAUUAGAUAUAGAUUUCUUAGUUUAUAACACUAUGUUUAUAUUUUUUCGUAUCUUCGUUAUUUUUGUUUUGUGUAUAAUGUUAAUAAUUACUUAGCGAACGUGUAAAUUGUUU